UGCAUUAUAGCAAUGAUCACUAGAUCUGGGUUAUAUAUAAAUAAAAUGAUAAUGCUAUUUCUUAUCUCUUUUUUUAAUCAACUCUAUCUCAAGUGUCAGUAAGUCUAGAUACAUGGAUAUUCGCAUUAAAUGAAUCAAGUUAUGGCAAAUCAAGCGGUUGAAAUUAUCGUUGAAACAAGUCGAUGUCGCCAUGUUGUCUCCAUCUUGUCAAGUGAGUCAGUCUUGGCGGUAGAUUGUGAAGGGAUUGCCCUUGGGGUCGAAGGUCCAAUGACUCUCCUACAAAUUUGUACCUACAGCGGUGACGUGUACCUGUUUGAUGUACAAGAAAACCGAGAACUGUUUUCUGAAGGGCACCUAAAAAUAGUGCUGGAAUCCAAUGAAAUUUUAAAGGUGAUACAUGCAUGCUCCUACGACAGCGCUGCUUUAUAUCACCAGUUCGGAGUAACUCUCCAGAACGUUUUUGACACACAGGUUGCUGAUACUGUCUUAGAAGAGCAUAACGGACGCUUGCUUGUUUCAUCAUUGGAUUUACUUGGACUCUGCCAAAAAUAUUCGUCUAGCAAAAAAGUGUCAGAUUACAAAGAACAGCUCAAGAUACAGUACAGUAAAACAGACGGUGAGUUUUGGGCAAAACGUCCUUUAACAGACGAAAUGAAGUCUGUUGCAGAAGGUGACGUCAAAGCUCUGAUACCGGUCUUUGAGAAACAAAAACAAUUCAUCUGGAAAAGUGGACUACAUGGAAAAUUUCAAGAACGGGUAUCAGAAACAAUCAAGUAUUACAUCGACGAUGAAGUCAGAAAACAUAAAUUUAAACGAAAGUUCAUUAUAGUGAAUCAAAUUAUUGAUUCCAUAAACGAAAAAUGGGAUACACAUACAGUUUGUUCAGACUUUCCAGAGGACAGCGAUGAAUAUGAGGCUUUAAAAAGGAUUGAUUAUAGAGAGGCAUGUAUAAAGUCACCAUUUAUAGAUCGGCUUAAAACGGAUAGCAUCGUUUCUGAUUUGAAAGAACUUGAUGAUAAACUUUCAAGAGAUGAAAAAGAUUACGAUGUUAAAUGGAUCCCAUUUUCGUUACUUUCCAGUAUCAUUGACCAUCCAAAUAAAACGGUAUCAAAACUGGCAAAUGAUGUCAAACAAAAGUUCAAAAAUGUUGUUCUACAAGAAAUUUAUGACAAAUACACCAUUGAAGCUAAUUUAAAACACUUAACAAAGUGCGAGAAGGAUGUUCUAAGGUCUUUGAAUCUAAACGGUACCAAUAAUCAGCGGUUUCCAAAACACGUUGUUAGAUUGUAUUGGCUUUUAAGGGAAGAUGAUAUAAACAAAAACUGUAAGAAGUUAAUAGAAAUGGGAAAUGGGUUCCAAUUAUAUGGUGGAGAGUGGUUUUACGUUAAAACAAUGUCUUACUUGCGAAGUGGAGCACAUGUACCAGUAUCCUUUAAACAAAGCGUCUGGAGAUUUAAGAGAAAGCUUGAUGAAACAUUUGGACGAGAUGUUGUUCCUCCUACCUUAGUUAGAAAAAUUUGUUUAAUUGAUUGAAUCCAAGUUUAAUGAUUGGAUGAUUGUGUGUUUCCAAUGUAUAUAUAAAUAAAGGCAUGCAUGCUUUACCGCUUUAUACAUCACCACUGGCACAAAGCAAAUAUGAUAGAUUUUUGAGAAUAUGGAGGGAUUAAAUACUUUUAAUAUAAGAUAACAUGUAGACAUAACAGCUAUUGAGAUUAAUUUAAAUGUUCGAAAUACUUUUGACGCGCUUCAGAAAUAGUUUGGAGUAUUCAAAAUGGAUUUCCGUUGUUGCCAAGUAUAUUGACGAGUGCACUGCAGAAUUCUAAAGUACAAUACCAUUUUCAAACAUUGUGUUUGAACAGAGGGACCGACAACUCAAAAAUGGACAUUUUUUCUGGGGUUGCGUACCUUUUUCCAAACAAGGAAGCAUUAUAAGUUUACUACAAAACUGUGUGGUUUUUGAAAAGAAAAAUGAACAUUUUAGAUAGUUUUUGAUUUGAAAUUUGAUCUAAAUAGUUCCAUCCAAAAGGGAUUUAAUAUUCGGUUAUUUAUCCCACAUAAAAUCCUAUUAGGCUUUUUGAUUAAACUAGUCGGACAGAAAACCCUGUCAAAUAGUAUUUCAUAUCUUUACUUAUAAAUUAAGACAUUUUCAAAUAAACUACAAAAUGCCUGCACCAGAGUACUUGCUUACACCUUUGGUAUUUCAUCACAUGCGUUAUCAUGUCUGUAAGGUAUAAUUGAAUUUUAGCUGAUAAGUUAUUAUUGUGAAAUUAAUAAAAAACCUACUUUCAUUUUCGAUUAACAAGUCCAAAAUAGCAAAAGUGAGAGUAAGGUGGCGGACGCGCUUUGGCGGAUCCAAGUUUGAGAUAGUUUGCAUUAAAAUAUAUACAUGCAAUGAAAUAAUAUUGAAUGAUUACGUAAAGAUUGAAUAUAUUUACUAUGAGCCUAUUUAGAGAAUACAUAGAAGUUAAGAUAUGACAAAUGUUGUAUAAAUAAAAUAAGUCAAUUCGUUUCUUUAUUUA